AUGCACCUGAUUGAUAAAUACUGCAAACCGUUUUAUGUCAAUAGUACACACGUCUCCAUUAGGACACCACUUUACAACUGCGGUACCAACUUAGAGGUUACUAAAGAUCAUAUGAUCUUCAGUAACUCAUUUAUGAUGACCGAAGAGCCUGAGGUUGGUCAGCUGGUUUCUUUUAUCCCGGAUGUAGAGGUCAAGUUUCGUUGCACUUAUGGCAGAAAGAACAUUACACGAAGAAUUGGUAAAGUGGCGCUUUGAAAUAGAAAAAAUAUAUUGCUGCACUUGUUCUUGAAGUAAAGACAACUUUCAUAAAUUAUAAGGCUAGUCAGGCAAGUUUAGCAGAAAAAAAGUAUGCUUAAAAAAAUCUGGUACCAACCUCUUGCUUUGGGUUGCCGCUUAUGAGCCCUUGGCUUAUGCAUCUUCGUAAGGGGUUUAAGGAGGGCUUAUGAACGGAGGGGCUUAUACCCGAGAGGGUUUAUAACUGGACUGGAAAAAGCGCCCCGACACAAGCUGUAGCAGUACUGAUCAACCAAAAGUUUCGUAUUUACUGGUAUAUAACCAAGCUUCAAAACAUCAUAAUUAAUCGCAUUCCAAGAAAGAAAGAAUAGAGGGGGGCUUAUCAGUGGCGGAUCCAAACCUUCAGAUAGGGGGUGGGGGGCGGUCAUCCAGACCCUGGGAUAAGGGGGGAACCCGGUCUAAAUUUUUUUUUUUGGCCCUUUAGGCCUCAGUUUUGUCUAAAAAUAAGGGGGAGGCAGGGCCUCCCGGGCCUCUUCCCUGGAUCCGCCACUGCUUAUAAUCGGAUGUAUUUUUUUGUUUACUGGUAGAUGGACCUAUAACUGCAGAGGGGGCUUAAAAGUGGAGGGGGGGUUAUAAGAGACAGUUUACGGUACACCAUAAAUAAAUAAACGAAAAUCUGUUCACUAACUAACGCAACAUACUCUCUGUUUCUAGCUCCUUUACAGCUGGAUACACUGCAUUCAAGCCCUUCGAAAGUAUCAACUCUUCGGGGGUUACCUGUUGUGUUGAAGUGUGUUUUCAAAUAUGGUAGCCCUCCGGUGCGAGUAGUGAUUUUACGUGAUGGAAAAAUAGUUGCAAAUCAAGAAAAUGGCACUAAAACUGCCAACAUCACUGUUGGGCGAAGAAAAAAGGAAUUCGGCUUGUACACUUGCCGGGCUGAAGAUGCGAAAAAGGUGAAAAUAACACAUGACAUGGAAUUAACAAAACUUGGUGAGUGAGCGCAAUUUAUGAGAGUUGAAUGGCCUCGAUCUCUUCCUUUCUCUUAUCUAUAUAUAGCUGUAGGCCUCUUUGUUCGAGAACGGACAGAGGUCAUAUUACUGAUCGUUGUGUCAUAUAGAAAAAGUUGAGACUGACAGUUCUAAAGGUUAAUGCCCGUGUUCAUGUGUAAACCGCAUAAAGAUCGCAGGCAUUUUCUUCAGAUAAAGACUGCAAAUCCUCAAAUGGCGUCGCUUCUUCUCGCAUUUGCUGGAUUUAUCGUUGACUAGUUGCUGAAAGUAUACAAAUUUCUCUUCAUUCUGAAAUAGAUCCUUCAAACGUAUCGUCUGAUGGGAAACAGAUUACGUGCUCACGUGAUGAAAUGUAUUUAAAGCUUGACCACUUGAUGUUUCCAUGGUUACGACCACAGUACUUUGACAUUUAUCUCCUUGACAAGAAUUGCCGACCUUAUCACGUGAAUUUCACGCACAUGAUUGUCAAAACAGGAUAUGGGGAUUGUAAAACUAAGGCAGAUAUUCGAGAUCAUGACGUCACCUAUAGUAACGCCUUGAUAGCACUUGCAAGGCCCAUACCCGGAACUAUUAUCACUAGAUUCCCGGAUGUAUUAAUUCCUUUUGAGUGUCGGCUCAAUCUUACAAACAGUGAUUCAGGUCCACUGAAAAAAGAAGAAAAGGUCCUUGCAGGUGAUGAAACAUCCAUAUUUAAAAUUUAAAUAUUUUUUUUACUGGUGCUUCAUAACAAUAGUGUAAUGUAAGAUGAACAGGACUUAGCGCCUUCUGCAAAUGGUCAACUUAGUUUACCCCAGACUGGCUCUUGACUGAUUAGAUCGAGUGUGCCAUAUUUUGUCGAGUAAGAUUUGGUCAAAAAUGAGGGGGGUUAUACGGGAAUAUAAUGUCCUCCUUCAAAUGAAGAAGUAAGACAAAACUUGAAUAAAACUAAGUACAAAAUAGAAAUAAAAGAAGAUGACUUAACGUGGAGGACUCUGUUUACCCAUGGUAAUGGCGGUGUUGUCGAAGUUAGUCAGGGAAGUGAAGUAAGGAGGGUGGCUUUCCUUGUGAUAUGCCCACUCAAAAAGGGGAGGCGGAGGACACAUUCUGACUCUGUCACCUCAGUCUGAGACGUGGAGUAGCCAGAGCCUUGGUACUGGUGUAACAAUGUCCUGGUUGAAAUAGUUUUCAACGGGUAUUUUAGUCACAGAAAUUCUGACUGCCUCAAAUCAAAUCAUAUAGAGUCCUCUAAUGAUGUUUUCACUUUCUAUUCUAGAGCCUCUUACGGCCGAUAAGUCAAAAAGCAGUCCAUUCAUCGUCAAAACAUACAAAGGUUUUACAGUCAGGUUAAUGUGCACUUUUAAAGGUGGCGUCCUUCCUCUCAGGAUUCAACUGACCAGGGGGAAAAAAUUGUCCUCGAGCGUCGAAGUAAAAGGAAGGACUUUGUACUUUACAGUUAAGACUGGCCGUACAGCAAGGUUCCGAUCCUAUGAAUGUAUUGCGACUGAUGCAGAAGGAAUUAGAGUAAAGCAAAGAAUUACUCUUCGAAAAGCUGGUAAGAAGCGUAAUCUCCCUGCUACCUCAGUGUUAAACGUCCCGCGGCCCAUAGCUAUAGCAUGCCUUAGCAGCAGACAUGCAAGCUAAUAUAAGUUAACGAACUAACUCAAUGACCAACCCCCCAGUUGACUUUUUGGCUCAGUUGGUAGAGUGUACGCCCCGGCAUCGCAGCGGUCAAGGGUUCAAACCCCACGCAAGCCUGCAUUUUUUUUAGGCCUCCUUUUCGCGACUGCGAAAGUUGCGCGUUACAUGUAUUCACGUUUUAUCUCCGCCUUUUUCAUCGUUUUGCGACUAAGAUAAGUCUGCAAUUCCAUUUUAUGAAUUGAAAAGAUUUAACCUACAUGUAUCUUCUGAUUCAGCCCUGAGUGAAAAUCCUCGAAAGGGAAGUUCCCAACUUUGAAAACUCUUUUUUCUCUCUCUCUCCCUCACUCCAUCUCUCCAGGCCUAAUGCCUUUCUUCUUUUAUAUUAUAAGAACCUUUUGUUUGAAACAUUGCCGGAGGCUGAAAAGUGGAAAAACACAAGAAUAUAACUCGUAUUUAAGUUUGGUUAAGAACACUUUAUUUCACUCCGAAAUACAGAACAUAAAUUUAACGUAAAAGAUGUUGAAUUUAAAUGUUAUUUUUCCAAAGUGAAAUAAAGUGUUAUCAGCCAAACUUAAGUCCGAGUUAUGUUCUGAUUAAAUGUAAUUCUGGCUAAGCCUUUCCUCAAAAUUAGUGUUAAUUGUAAAUAGAAAUCACAUAUUCCUUCAUCGUACUAUGAUAUUAGUUUCACUUUACCACUUAGGGCCUCGUGACUUGACGUCAGAUGGAGUAAAAGUAAGUUGUAACAGCGACUUCAUGGAUGUUAGUUUAAGCAGACUUGUGUAUCCGUGGCUCGAUCCAGGCCUUCUCCGUAUUAGCCUUAUCCAAUCUACCUGCACUGCAUAUACCAUCACGGACUUGGAAGUUAGAAUCCAGGCUCCACUUAGUAGAUGUGGAAGCAAAACAAACCUCAAGAACAAAUAUACGCUGCGAUCUCGUAACACAGUUAUUACCCAGCCAAGGCGUCCUGAAGGAGUCUUAAUCACCUACCUACCUGAAAUUCACUUUCCGUUUACUUGUGAUUACGAGAUAACUCAUGCUCAAGGGAAAACAUCUCUUAAGCCGAUAGGUGAGGAUAAAUUUAGCGAUAGCAUAAUAGCUAAAAAAACUAAUUUACAAUUCGAUAAAUUCUAGACAUUAGUUGUUUACCAAUUUCAAACAGAUUCGGGAAAAUCCGGUUUGAAGUGAGUAAAUGGAACACAGCGACAAGGAACAAGGAACUGAUUUGUGCAAAUGGAAAACGCGAUUCCGGAAUGCAAUUUACUAGUCCUGAAUCAGUUUUCUUUCCAUUUGUCCAAUCCGUAAACCGACCGGUUAGCCCAUGUAAACGAUAAACAAACAUUAACUCCGUUGUGUGAUCAGUGACCACAUCCUUCCAAUUUUAGUUUUCUUGCAUAAGGAAGAAAAACCGUAGGACCCGUCUCACAGUACUGAGUCGUUACUUCUCUGAUCUAACUAUUAUGGGACGAAAACGAACCACGGCAGACCAUAAUGGGUCAUGGGCUGUGGAAAUGGGAGGGGGUGGAAUCUCGCCGCAUGAGGCUCAUGAGUCGCGCUCGGCCCCCCACCUCCCCACCCCCCUCGUGCCCUCCCCUCUAGGUAGGCUUGUACCCCAACUGACAAACCCGGGAGACACUCAACAAAGAUUUACGGCGAUUCUACGCCCUAAGAUCCAACCCCUUACUUUUUUACGUACUAUUUUUUGACAGAAAAGGUGCCCCUUUUGAGUACCUUUCAUUGACAUGCUUAGUUUAGAAAGCCUCAUCCCUUUUAACUGCUGUGAAUGCGCUGUCCUUUAAAUACGAAUUAAUCAUGACUAAAGCAGUUGGAUUUCUUGUCUUAAACUGUGCCUAGCACAAGAAUACAACUAAAAUCAUGUUUCACCAACCUUAAUUGGUAAAAAAUCACUGCUUAAAUUUAGGCAUUUUAUAAUGAACCUCGUUAGAAGCAAAAAUGUGGUUUGGAAAACUCUUCAAAAAUAAUGCCUAAUACGUUAGCAGCAUUGAAAUUUUAGGGUCUUGUCCCUUGAUGUUUGCAUAUGUAGCAUUUAUUGUAUUUUAUUUUCUAACCUUUUUGACUCUUUGCUAUACCAGAUAUAGGUUACUACAUGAACUAAUGUUGUUGGUUCAAAGUGAUGUUUCCUCUAUACACUCUCUUAGGACCACUAAUGCCUGAUCUGUCUAACUCAAGUAAUACUGUAGUCUCCCCACCAAAAAUGACUACCAAACUGAGGUGCGUUUUCCAAGGAGGUGAGCCCCCGAUCAGGGUCAGCAUGAGCAGACACAAGGUCAAGAUAGCGCAUGCACAAGGCCGGACGUUGAGUUUUGUAAUAAAACCACAUAUUUAUGAUGACGGACACUUUGUUUGCCGAGCGACCGAUGCCCGAAACAAGACCGUCACUCACAAAAUAAACUUACACGUUCCAGGUAAGACCAGUUAGAGAAUCCGUACGCUUCAGCUUUUCUUUUCACCAGUAUUCAGACUAACAGCAUUUUAUCGGAAGAAAACAGGUUUUUGAAAUAUAUCCACCCAUAUCCAACUACUUUUCUAUUUUUCUUUUUUGGUUUUUUUUCAAAUCAUCGAAUCCACUCAAACUCUUCCUGAACAGGAUAGUUGAAGGUAUCGUUCACCGUCCCCCUGUUGACCUAAUAUGCCGCAGAACGUAGGAUCUAUAGAGGACCACAUGAUUAACGAAAAUAUACCAAGUAAAAUAUACCAAUACAACACCGCUCUGUCUAGGUUCUACUCGUGUCAUGUUUAUGUCUUGCUACGGUAAUUUUUACGCAGCAGGAUCAGCUUAAAAGAAAGGAUAUCUGUAGCCUAAGUAUCAGGCGCUUCUUGGGAAAAACGGAGAAGAGAAAAGCAAAAAGGGAACGGAGAGAAACUUCUUCCUUCUCUUCUGCCCUCCCUGCCUCGUCCUCUAAAAUAUCCCCUCCCCUGACCCCCAAGGAGUGAUACCCUCAGGAUAGAGCGUUUUUCACAUGACGUCACGGCGGCCAAAUCGAUGUUCCAAAACAAUAAAACGUCGGCCAUGUUGGUGUUCCAAACCAUUCGUGUGAGAGUUGAAUUCUUUUCUUAUGUUAACGCUUUCUUUUGAUCCCAUAAAUUUGCAUAGAAGUUGGCCACAUGAGUGAAAACGCUCUAUAUCUGUUUGCAAGGCUGAUUCCCAGGGUUUUUUCCUUUGAAAUUUUGGACUGUCAAUCAACCAGGGAAAGGACAUGGCAGCAACGUUGUUUCUACUUAACUUUUAAAACUUAAACUGCUACACUUCAUCAAUAAGCUACUGGAACAGUAUGACUCAUUCUUUUCAACGAACGAAACAAUAACGGCUAUAUAUAUGAAAAAAAAACCACAGUAACACAUCUUACUCUUUAUUUUCUUGCUUUACCCUUUCUAAGCAUUGGUUUCUUGACAUUUCCAUAUGUUCUAUGUUAUCAGAAAGAUGAGAAAUUACAAAUAGUGUUGUUCACUUUCCUGACCUAUUUAUCUUUUCUUUUGUCUUUUUUUUUUGCCUGUAGUUCAUGGGAUCGUUUGGAACAAAGGAGCAGAAAUUGAUUGCGGCUCAAAAAUCACGACUGUUACAUUGUUCCGAGCAAACUUUCCGUGGUUAGACAUUAGACGCAUGCACGUACAUCUCAUUGAUCCAACUUGUCGGGGUUACCUCAACAGCACGCAUGUCAGUUUUAGAUUUCAAACGGGAGGAUGUGGCAGCAAGCACAUCAAAUCAUCUUCAAGAGAUGUAAUAUUCUCCAACACGGUGUUUAUUGUCAAUAAGCCUUAUUUCCAGGAAAGGAAACACAAGAGUAUAUUAGAAAUAAACUUUUAUUGCAAAUACAGCCACACGGGUGGUGGAAAUAAAAAAAUUAAGGGUUUUUUGUAAGAUAUAAACCCUGUAACUAGUGUAUGGCGAUGCGUUUGAUAUCGUAAUAUAACGUAAAUUUCUGUGAAACUGUUACUUUAUUUGAAUCACGAAAACCUUCCUACGGAGAUGAUUUAUCGUAUAGGUAACAUCCCAUAGGAGAACGCAGCUCCGGUAUUAAUAGCAGGUUUGGGAGAGUCUUUGACUGUAACCAUCACGGUUAGCAUAGUCCAAGAGAGGCGAUGGAUUAAAAUGAGAGGUUUCUUUACUUAGAAAGUG